ACAAAAGGAAUAGCCUGAAAAGAGGAAAAGUAACCGUCAGCUUCAAGUACAUGAACUGAUCUGAAAGUUACAACUGUGUGGUGUCUGCUUGGAGGCACAUGAGGCCUGUUGGAUAUAGGCAUGCCCAGUUCCCAGUAAGUAGUUUUUCAUGUUUCAUUAAUCACCAUAACCACUAGUGAAAAUCGUGCACCCCGUCUCCCUGUGCUGGUAGUGCCAAUAGAGGCCAAAGGUUGAAUGGACCAUGGAGUGGGAAGGACUCACAUGCCUGGAAAGUAGAUCCCUACAGGGCAGGAGUGGGGCACGUUUGCAGGAUAGUGUGGGGAAUCUGCACUGCAGCUUCUUUUGCUGUAUUGUAUCUGUCCUGCGUUUAAACAGAGGGAUGUAGCCUUUCGCUAGGGCUAAGUUCAUAGAAAAGUCAAAAGAUUGUAUGGUCAAAACCGAGUAUUAAAAUACAGCUAUGGACGAAGAGAUCUUCUGACUGGGAGACAACAGUCUGAGUCAGAGGGAAACGGGCACACUCUGACCCUCACUCCCCCAAGUCGUAGGAUGGUGAAAGAGAGCAGGGAGUUGCAAGGAAAGAGAUGGAUAGGUGAAUGCAGAAGGUUGCGUAAAUCCUGGUUCUUCCAGGCGGUGGCGCUGCUGUUUCAGCACUCCCAAGUUCCUCCUCCCCUUGGCUCUGGCUGCUAGGAAAUGACCUAAGAGGAAACCCGCGGGUUUGCAAUGGAAAGAAUCCGUCUGGUGGUAAUCACUGACCCCAAAGAAGCUGAAAAGUAAGAGCAGCAGUUGAGAGUUGCCGCCUGAUUGUGCCGCCUGGGGUCUCUCAGGGCGCUUUCCUGGUGGAGGGGCGAAUGUACGAAGGAUGCCUAUCUUGCAUUUGCAUUCCAUGCUUGAACUGCUGCCUUUCCUGCUUCUGCUGCUGCUGUUCUUGGCGCUGGGUUUUUUCCUGAUCUAUCUCCAAAAACCCGAACCUGAAAGCAAGAAGAAUUAGGGGUAGGGGCGGUUCUUCUCUAAUGCAAAGAAGGCACCAAAGAUGCGAGCGCUCGAGUCCUGAAAAAAACUCUCUGGUAGAGUGAAGAGAAAAGCUGGAGCAGGGUUUGCCACUAACAGCCACUUCCCUAACUGCGCUGUCGGAGCAGGCCAGACAUGGGAGACACGGGCAAAGAAGAGUAUAAGAUACAGUCAUUCGACACCGAGACGCAGCAGUUACUGAAAACUGCUCUCAAAGACCCCAGCAGUGUAGACCUGGAGAAAGUGGCUAAUAUAAUCGUGGAUCAGUCCCUCAAAGACUCUGUGUUCAGUAAGGAGGCUGGGCGCAUUUGCUACACCAUCAUCCAGGUGAACAACAUGCCCAUGAUGGCGCUGGUGAACCCAGUUUACGAAUGCCUGUUCCGACUGGCACAACCUGAUAGCCUGAAGAAGGAGGAGGAGGUGGACUGUCUGGUGCUGCAGUUGCACCGCAUUGGUGAACAGCUGGAAAAGAUGAACUCCCAGCCAAUGGAUGAGCUCUUCUCCCUUCUGCGAGAUGGUUUUCUUCUGGAGGAGGGGCUCAGCUCGCUCUCUCAGCUCCUGUUGCUGGAGAUCAUAGAGUUCCGGGCUGCAGACUGGAAGAUGACAGAUGCAGCUCAAAAAUACUAUUACAGUGAAGUCACAGAUUAAACCUUCCACAGCCAGAACUCUCACCCAGGGGCUCAAAUAGUUUCACCCUGGCACUUUCACGAGCAAACGUCACAAUUAUGUUUGAUAUUUUUAAGUUAACAUUUUUUCUAAUGCUUUUUCUAAAUAGGAUUUAUAUUGUUUACUCCCAGUAGACCCUUUGUACUGUGUCUGCUGGACUGCAACAGGGGACAGUUUGAUUUGGGGGCAAGGGCAGUUUUAACCUAGUCAGAGCUUCCACUCUCUUUACCUAUGGCCCAUGUUAAUUAAUGCCUCUCAAACCAUUUUACAGUAGCAGUCAGGAAAGCACAGCCAAUGGUUUAUACUGAGGUCAGCUCUUUUGUAUCAACUCUGUCAGCCACCAACCGAGUUAAGACAAGUGGAAGGAAAAGCUUUUGCAGCUUAUUUAGAAAACUCCCCUCUUUGCUGCUUAUGCCACAUGGAAUCUGAGCCCAUAACACACAAACCAAGUUUUAAAAACAGUCCUCCAGGAUGAGUCUCACCUUGUUCCCUGUGAAAUCAAGGGCCCUUUACAUGGGCAAUCAAUUAUUAUUUCUCCCAACCCUGCCCUCUGGGAGGCUGGGUGCCUAUGGAAAGCAGAAGCAACACCUGCUCCUGGAGGAAGGAGACACCACCCAGUGUACAUCCGUCAUAGCAGCAAUUUCCUUGAGCACAUGUAGCUAGAAACUGUUUUUAUGAGUUUUAUAUAGUAACCACUAUGGAAUUUUUUUUUCUAAAAAGCAAUGUAAUGAACUUCAAUAUUGUACAUUUCUGUUGACAAAAGGGACAGGUAAAGGGGAAAUAAUGUGUUCUAUUGAGGUUUUUUCUAAUAAAAGUUUUACACUAAUGAA